AUGCAUGGGCAGGCGGCCACACUGCAGGAUGCCUGCGAGAGAGAAGAGGCGGACACCGAGCAAGACGGCUUCGUCUACCCCCCACGCGCACAGAUCGAGGAUAAAGACAGAGGUAUGGACACGGAGGAGCCGAUGGAUCACACAUUCCAGUGGAUCUCGGCGAUUCAAAGCGGCUGCAUCAUCGUCUCCUUCGCGUUCUACACCUCACUGGCACUCUCCAGGGACGUCAGGGAGGAGAAGUACAGGAACAACAUCGAUUGCGUACUGCAGACCAUGGAGAGCAUGACGGUGGACGCAAUCACAGUCCUAUUCGUCCUCGCUGGCUUCUCCGACUCGCACAGGAGGUGGAACGACGGCCUAAAAUGGCCGGAGAUCGCGUACAGCGUCAACGCGGAGAUGUACCCCCACAUCGCGCUCGUCAACACCCUCCUCAUGCCCUUCGGGAUGGCGGUGGACGGGCUGUGGUCGAGCCCGAUGACAUGGGUCAUCAACCUUUCAUCCAUCCUCUAUCUACCACCGUUCCUGGAGCUAAGGCAGGACUCCCGCUACCGCCUCUUCAACGAGUCGACGGCCAUCCUCAUGACCCUCCUCCUCUGCAGGACGGCCUACCCGCUGGCGAGCACCCUCGUAACCUCACUGAACACCAUCAACGAGACGCAGCAGGGCCUUGGCAUCUGCCCGAAUGAGGCGGUGUAUCAGCGAGGCACUUCCACUGUCACUGGCCAAAGGUCCGAUAGGACAGACCUUACAGGAAACCGGCAGAUCAUCAGCGGGACGGUGGACUCCACGGGCGCCACGACGGUGUACGCGGACGGGUCAGCUGGGACUGCUUCGGUGCUCCCCUCCCUUGUCUCUACCUCGGAUGGGUACAUCGAGAUUGGCAGCCUGUUCGAGGGUUACAUCCAGGAGCUGAUCGUCCUGGGGACGGCAGUCACAACAACGCAGCGGGAGGCGAUCCACCGGUACCUCUCCAAGAAGUGGCACGUCUCGCCGCACCGGAUGGACUCGAACGGGGACGGGACGUCGGACUACUGGGACCCUUCGGGGGUGCCGCCGUGCAGCGUGUGCUCGGCGGGCUCGAGCAGCGCCCUGGGGGCGUGCCAGGCCUGCCAGGCGGGGAAGUACAGCCCGUACGGGGGGCGGUGCGACUGGUGCCCGGGCAACUCGACCUCGUACCCCGGCGCGGUGUCGAUCGCCCAGUGCUCGUGCGUGCCGGGCUACUACCGGACGAGCCUGACCACGUGCGAGGCCUGCCCUGCCGGGUUCUACUGCCCUGCCGUUUGGGUUCCAUCCCGUCCAUUUAAGACGCAGGGGGUUGUCUGGGAGAGGAUGAGGGCAUGGAUCACGCUUGUGUUCGCGCUCGGGUUGCUGCCCACCGGGGGCGACUGCUCCCUGUGCGUUGUAGGGUACUACGAUGACGGCAACGGGGUGUGCGUCCCGUGCCCCCUGCAUACCACAACGUCUGUGUUGGGAGCGAAGGGUUCGACCGCGUGCGAUAUGUGCGCGACAGGUUAUUACAACCCAAUGAUGGAUUACCGCGGUCCACUCGUCCAGAUCAUCCGGGACAAGCCGCCCUGGGGGGUGUACCUUGCCAGGGACUACAACAACGGGCAGAUACCGGACGCGCAGGGGGUUCGCGCCGCCGCCACGGUGACGGGGGGCACCAUCUCCCACGGGAAUGCAUCGGGGAACGGAGCCAACGGGCCGGUCUCUUACGUGUCGGGAGAUAGCAGCACCAGUAUUCUGUUCCCUUCCGGGAGUAUCCCGGACACCUUCACGAUAUGUGGUGUGGCUCGUGAGACCAAUGUCAACCCUGUCAAUAAUUUCGGCCUGGGCUUGAUCUUUGUGGGUAUGAACAACCCGUGGUUUCUGGGAUGGUACUACAGCCUGGGGAGGGCAUACUUUGGCAAGGAUAUGACGGACAACACGAACAAGUACAAGAACUACAUGGAUUGGAUGGUGGUCUGCGGCACGAACGGGGGUGUCCACCCCAACAACAUCAAGACGGCCAUGCUGUCGGCUACCGGGUAUACGAUAUCCAACUACGGGACGGCCGACGGUGGGAGCGGCGGCGACACCCUUGCGAUCAACGCCGGGUCCUUUUUCCCCCCCACGGGCAGCGAGUUGCUGGAACCCUUUUCUUUCCACUCCGUGUACAUCUGGAACCAGACCCUGACCUCGGGUGAGAUGGACAGCGUCAUGAAGUAUCUCCUCUAUAUCCUGGACGUGGGAGAGAGUGAUUUAAAGUGCGAUACCUGCGAUUUCGGGUUUUACAACGCAGACGGCAUUUGUGUGCCAUGUCCAAGUGGCUUGAGUACCUCGCAGCGUAACUCCACUCUUUCUGACUGCCAUUGCCCUGUUGGGCAUUACCUUGAUUCGAAUGGUUAUUGUUGGAAGUGCCCAUGGGACUUUACCACCGAGACAUCAAAUGCUGACAAUGUCACGUAUUGCUUACGUAGGUAUACCAGCACAUCAACCAGCUAUCAGGUGACAUUCGAUGUGGACGCCCGUAUGGAUGUAUUGAUCGUUGGGGGUGGAGGGGCUGGUGGAUACUUCAAUUCUCCUGUUUAUAUUUCGAUGUGGUCAAUCUAUUGGACCUAUGGCGUCGGAGGUGGCGGUGCUGGUGGUAUGGGGAUAGGAUGGCUGUUGCUAAAAAGCAAUGUUGUUUACCAGAUCACGAUUGGCGAUGGUGGAAAGUCACAGGCAUUUUCUUCUGGGACAGGGACAGGUCUAGACAGUGGAUUGAGCGGUGGGGACACGACAAUUAUCGGGGGUGAUAUUGAUGAGAUAGCGUACGGCGGUGGAGGUGGUGGUGGGUUGGACUCGAGAGCUUCAUGGACUGAUACCCAAAUCUCACAAACAGUAAAGGGAAAAGAUGGUGGAAGUAGUGGGGGUUCUGCGAACAGCAAGAAAUAUAACAACGUGCCUGUUGUGAGUUACGUAUCACCUGCUGCGACUGCUACUAAGGGGUCAUCGAGGUUAACUACCCGACUUGGUGCUAUGACUUACUACGGGAAUAAUGGAGGUGUGAGCGCAACGGAUGAGGGUAGUUCUGGCGGUGGUGGCGCGUCGGAACCCGGAGAAGAUGCUACCUCAUCAAAUCCGACGGGUCGUGCCGGUGGUAAGGGGAUGCAAUGGUUGGAUGCGGUUACAUAG